CUGUUCAGACACCGAAUUUAACAACAUUAGCAUUUAUACCCUCCUUGUCUACCGCUAUAAAUGUUGUAGCUGUGUACAGCUUCAUCCCCUCCAGUCGAUACAUGUAAAGGUGAUUCUAGAGACUUUCUAACAUGGCUUCCAAUCGUACAAAAAUUUGAUCAUCGUUCACGUCUCGGUGAGUGGUAACAUCGAGAAGGAAUGGGCAAAAUACCCUGUUGCUUCGUCUUCCUUGUGGUCCUUCUCCCGCCGCUGACACUCGCAGAGAUGGCCGAGACUCCCUCUUGGUCCUGCCCCAGCAACUCAACCUACACGGCGAACAGCACCUUCGACCACAACCUGCGCCGCACAUUGGCUUCUCUGGCAGCCAACGUUUCCCUCACCGGCUUCUACAGCGCCACCGUGGGCAAGGAACCCGACCAAGUCAUUGCUGCGGCUCAGUGCCGAGGCGACCUCGACGCCGAAGCUUGUCAGGCCUGUGUUUCCGAGUCUGCCACACAGGUCAUUCAGCGCUGCCCCAGCAACAGAGCGGCAGUCUUUACCUUCCCGGGCUGCAUCACGUACUACCGCGAUACCAACUUUGCCAUCCCUCAAUGGUUCAUGAAUUUUUCUCUCCCGGGCCCUGGAGCUAUCCCCGACCCCCAAAGAUUCAGGCCGAUACUCAUUUCCUUCUUCAACAACCUCAUAGUUUCCGCCACCACCAACCCUUCAGGACGAUUCUUUUGGGGCGACAAGUUCCAUUACACAAAAGACAUUACUGUCUACGGCAUGGCACAGUGCGUACAAUACUUGGCACCACUUGACUGUAAGUCUUGCUUAGACAAUGCCUUCAACCGAAUGCUCAAAGAUGUUGCAGGCAGACAAGGUGGUGCAACUUUUUAUAACUUGGAAUGUUCUGUAAGAUACGAGACAUAUCCCUUUUUCACUCCCUCAUCUCACAAGAUUGAACCUAGAAGUGUGAAUUUCAUCACGUCGAACUGCUCCCCACCAGCAUCUAGCGAUAUGGUUGGUACUCCCUAUCACAUAAACCUCAAGGCUCUGCUCUAUUAUCUGACAGACAAGGCAUCUAUCUCUGGCUUCUACAGCGACACCAUGGGCCUGGGCUCCAACCAAGUGUAUGGCCAAGUCUUGUGCCAAGGCGACGUCCCUGUUGACGUUUGCUGGAAUUGCACAGCCCAGGCUGCAACCAAAAUCCAAGAGCUGUGCCCCAAGAGUAGAAGCGCAAUCAUAUGGCUUGACCGCUGCCAGCUGCGCUACUCCGACGUGAACUUCGCCGGCAGGGUAGAUGUCUAUGACAGGGCAUGCCAAACAGGAUUGGGGGAUUCAUCCAACCCUGCCAACUUCACUCAGAGUUUGAGAAUCCUCAUCUCCAACCUGACCUCGCAGGCGACGGACAGCUCUUCCAGUCGCUUCUUUGCUGCUGGGGUUUCUGUGGUUGGUGAAUCAGAGAAGAUCUAUGCUAUGGUGCAGUGCGUGAGAGAUAUACCCGUGGACCGAUGUAAGUGGUGCCUGGAUAACGCGGGCUCUGAUAUUGAAGGAUGCUUUAAUGGAAAACAAGGCGGUCGGAUUCUCACCGGAAGCUGCAACCUAGCUUUUGGAGCGCAUCCCUUCUUUUUCGGCGACCCUUCAGUGGUAUCACUCCCGCAGCCCAAUAAUGGGCAUAAGCGUUGGUGGAUAUUUGUUAUCAUCAGCAUCAGUGGAGGGGUAAUCUUAGCCUCAGCCUGCGCAUUGUGCUUGGUUCGUAAGAGACAGCAGAGUUCAAGGAAGACAGAAUAUCAAGAAGCCUCUUCUGUUGAUGCUGGGAGCAUAAAAGAGAAUGAGGAUCACUGUAGUUUACCGCAAAUCAGCCUAAGGACAAUAGAAAAUGCUACAGACAAUUUUUCAGAAGAAAAUAAGCUAGGAGAAGGUGGAUAUGGCCCCGUUUAUAAGGGAAAGCUUGCCAAUGGACAAGAAGUAGCUGUGAAGAGGCUGUCUGUGACCUCUGGGCAAGGUCUAAACGAAUUCAAGAAUGAAGUUGGGUUGAUAUCCAAACUUCAACAUAGAAACCUGGUUAAGCUGAGCGGUUGCUGCUUGGAAAACGGGGAGAAGCUGCUGAUAUAUGAAUAUAUGCCCAAUGGAAGCCUCGAUGCCUUGCUGAAAGAUGCAGAAGGUCGAAUACAAUUGGAUUGGGAAAAGAGGUUCAAUAUCAUCAUUGGAAUUGCAAGGGGAAUCCUUUAUCUUCACCAAGAUUCUCGACUGAACAUCAUUCACCGGGAUCUCAAGGCUGGCAAUGUGUUGCUGGAUGAGCAACUGAAUCCAAAGAUUUCUGACUUUGGACUGGCAAGGAUUUUCAGUGGAGUUCAUGGACAAGAAACUACCAAUGUUGUUGUUGGAACAUACGGAUAUAUGGCUCCAGAGUAUGCGAUGGAUGGUGUGUUCUCUAUCAAAUCUGAUGUCUAUAGCUUUGGCAUUUUGUUGCUGGAAAUCAUCAGCGGCCAACUGAAUGCAAGUUUUAGUGCUACUCAUCAUGCUCGUAGUCUUGUCGUGCAUGCCUGGAGCUUGUGGGGUCUACAGAAAGGGGCAGAAUUCAUUGAUCCGGUCUUGAAACACACAAGUUCAACAACUGAAAUUAUAAGAUGUCUGAAAAUUGGCUUGCUUUGCAUUCAAGAAGAUGCUGCAAGCAGGCCAACCAUGUCCACUGUGGUUCUCAUGCUUGCCAACAACCCUGUGGAUAUUCCCAUGCCCGGCCAACCUGCAUUUGUCCAAGGGAAUAGCGUGGAAUCAACUGAGGAGCUUUCUGCUGGAAUGGGGUGUGGAAGUACUUUUAACAGUGCAAGAUUCAUUAAGAGAUUAAAGAUCAUAAAACUUUAUGAGAUUAAAUCAAGAAAUUUGACUUUCUCAUACUCGGAAGAAAAAGCAAAGGAGAAGUAUUCCAGCACCAUGGUGUCGACGGCCUCCCAAAGUUUAGGGAAGCUUAGGGCUUUUGUUCCUGCACAAAAGGAGGGAAGAACUCACGGGCUAGGUCUCGGCUUUCUGGUCUUGGCUUCCCAACUGGAACUGUGGGCGUGGAUUCUGCAGCUUGAGGGAUUCUUAGUAGUGAUGGCAGAAUCAGAAAAUCAAAACCCUCAAAUCUCUACUGUGAAAGCAGUAAUGAAGGAGUCAGAUCCGGCUCUCAAAAUCACCACAACACCUCUCAACGGUGGAAACUAUGUGGUGUGGGCGAAAUCAGCAAGCUUAUACCUCUGUGGAAAGUCAAAAAUCGGCUACAUCAAUGGAAAGAUUACAGCUCCUGAGAAAGACGAUCUGAGUUACGAAGAAUGGGAAGCUAACGAUCGAGUUGUAAUGUCGUGGUUGUUAAACUCAAUGGAGCCCACCAUUGCAGAGAGCUUUCUAUUCCUUGAUUCGGCCAAAGAAAUCUGGGACACCCUAGCAGAGAUCUAUGGUGAAGGCCAAAACCUAGCCAGGGUCUAUCUCCUCCAACAGGAUAUCGCACGAUUUACCAAAGGAGAGAAGCAAUUUCAUGUAUAUCUAAGCUCCUUUAAAGCGAUGUGGGAUGAACUAUCCCAAUAUCGUCCCCUCAUUCCAGAUAUGGAAGUGCUGAAACAGAGAGCUAAUGAAGAUAAAGUGUUCAAACUUCUCGCAGGAGACGUCAAGUUCAUGGAAAAUACACCCUUCUAUACUGAAACUAUACCAGAUGCUUUCAGCAAGGGGGAGAAUGACCUAAACAAUGAUCCCAUGCCUGUUAUACCUCUUCCAAUGGCAAAUGAAAAUGAUGAUGCAUUUGUAACAUUUGGUACCAGUUUGGCUGAUGAAGAAGCAAACAACAACUCCCACUUGGAUGUGGGUGUGACUGAAAGUGUUCAAAACAACAACUCCCACUUGGAUGUGGGUGUGACUGAAAGUGUUCAAAACAGAAGGCCACUGAAACUUGCAGAGAUGGCCGAGACUCCCUUUUGGUACUGCGCCAGCAACUCAACCUUCUCGACGAACAGCACCUUCGAUCACAACCUGCGCCGCGCAUUAGCUUCUCUGGUAGCCAACGUUUCCCUCACCGGCUUCUACGACGCCACCGUGGGCAAGAAACCCGACCAAGUCCUUGCGGCGGUUCUGUGCCGAGGCGACCUCGACGGGGAAGCUUGUCAGGCCUGUGUGUCUGAGUCCGCCACACAGAUCAUUCAGCGCUGCCCCAGCAACAGAGCGGCUCUCUGUGUCUUCCAGGAAUGCAUCUCGUACUACCGCGAUACCAACUUUACUAUACCUCAAUCGUUCAUGAAUUUUUCUCUCCCGGGCCCUGGAGCGAUCCCCGACCCUCAAAGAUUCAGGCCCAUACUCAUUCCCUUCUUCAACAACCUCAUCGUUUCCGCCACCACCAACCGCUCAGGACGCUUCUUCUGGGGCGACAAAUACGAGACAUAUCCCUUUUUCACUCCCUCAUCUCACAAAAUUGACUCUAGCAGUGUGAAUUUCAUCACAUCGAACUGCUCCCCACCAGCAUCUAGCGACAUGGUCGGUACCCCCUAUCACAUAAACCUCAAGGCUCUGCUCUACUAUCUGACAGACAAGGCACCUAUCUCUGGCUUCUACAGCGACACCAUGGGCCUGGGCUCCAACCAAGUGCGACGCAGAGCUCUUCCAGUCGCUUCUUUGCUGCGGGGGUUUCUGUGCUUGCGGAAUCACAGAGGAUCUAUGCUAUGGUGCAGUGACCGAUGUAAGUGGUGCUUGGAUAACGCCGCCUCUGAUAUUGAAGGAUGCUUUAAUGGAAAACAAGGUGCUCGGAUUGUCACCGGAAGCUGCAACCUAGCUUUUGGGGCGCAGCCCUUCUUUUUCAGCGAUCCGACGGUGGUAUCACUCCCCCAGACCAAUCAUGGGCAUAAGCGCUGGUGGAUAUUUGUUAUCAUCAGCAUCAUUGGAGGGGUAAUCUUAGCAUCAGCCUUCGCAUUGUGCUUAGUUCGGAGGAGACAGCAAAGUUCAAGAAAGAUAGAAUACAAAGAAGCCUCUUCGGUCGAUGCUGGGAGCGUAAAAGAGAAUGAGGAUGACUGUAGUUUACCGCAAAUCAGCCUAAGGACAAUAGAAAAUGCUACAGACAAUUUUUCAGAAGAAAAUAAGCUUGGAGAAGGUGGAUAUGGCCCUGUUUAUAAGGGAAAGCUUCCCAAUGGACAAGAAGUAGCUGUGAAGAGGCUGUCAGUAACCUCUGGGCAAGGUCUAAAGGAAUUCAAGAAUGAAGUUGGGUUGAUUGCCAAACUUCAACAUAAAAACCUGGUUAAGCUGAGCGGUUGCUGCUUGGAAAACGGGGAGAAGCUGCUGAUAUAUGAAUAUAUGCCCAAUGGAAGCCUCGAUGCCCUGCUGAAAGAUGCAGAAGGUCGAAUACAAUUGGCUUGGGAAAAGAGGUUCAAUAUCAUCAUUGGAAUUGCAAGGGGAAUCCUUUAUCUUCACCAAGACUCUCGACUCAACAUCAUUCACCGGGAUCUCAAGGCUGGCAACGUGUUGCUGGAUGAGCAACUGAAUCCUAAGAUUUCUGACUUUGGACUGGCAAGGAUUUUCAGUGGAGUUCAUGGACAAGCAACUACCAGUGUUGUUGUUGGAACAUACGGAUAUAUGGCUCCAGAGUAUGCGAUGGAUGGUGUGUUCUCUAUCAAAUCUGAUGUCUAUAGCUUUGGCAUUUUGUUGCUGGAAAUCAUCAGCGGCCAACUGAAUGCACGUUUUAAUUCUACUCAUCAAGCUCGUAGUCUUGUCGUGCAUGCCUGGAACUUGUGGUGUGGACAGAAAGUGUCAGAAUUCAUUGAUCCGGUCCUGAAACAUGCAAGUUCAACAACUGAAAUUAUAAGAUGUCUGCAAAUUGGCUUGCUCUGCAUUCAAGAAGAUGCUGCAAGCAGGCCAACCAUGUCAACUGUGGUUCUCAUGCUUGGCAACAACCCUGUGGUUCUUCCCAAGCCCGGCCAACCUGCAUUUCUCCAGAUGAAUGGCGUGGAUUCAACUCAGGAACUUUCUGCUGGAAUGGGGUCUGGAAGUACUUUUAACAGUGCAAGGUAAAGGUACCAAACAUUUUGUAUGAAUAAAGUGGUUGUGAUGCGUAUGCUUAAGCAUCUUGAGGCAUGUCAUGGUUGUGCGAGAUGUUGCAUCACGUUCUUGUGUUGAUCAAUAAAGCUUUUUAUUUACAAUGUGACAA